CGGGUUGCCCUGGACUUUCCUCAGAGCUUCCAGAGGCUUCUCUGUUGAGCUCCACUGGGGACUUCCUGUCUUCUGAGGGACCCAGGGACUCCGCCUGUCCUCAUCACCCUGCUCCUCUGAUCAGGUACAGAAGUUGUUGAGAUUGUUGUGGUGUUCAAGCGCCCACCAUGGCUGAAGCAUCCUCACAAAUGGGACAGAACUAUGACUGUGACUGUGAGGACGCUGUCAAUAACUAUAUUCAGCUGCAGCUCUCUGCCUCCUCUGUGUACUUAUCUAUGGCCUUCUACUUCGACCGUGAUGACGUGGGCCAAGAGAACUUGAAGCGUUUCUCCUUGAGCAAGUCACACGACCACAAGGCCAGUGCCGAGAUGUUCAUGAUCCUGCAGAAUCAGUGUGGAGGCUGCAUCGACCUUCGUAACAUCUCGGGACGAGACCGCGACAGUUGGCAUGGGGGCAUCCAGGCUAUGGAGUACGCCUUCCACAUGGAGAUGACCAUCAAUCAGAGCCUGCUGAACCUGCACGAAUUGGCCAAAGGAAAAGGCAACGCCUACCUCUGCAACUUCCUGGAGCAAAGCUGUCUGAAUCAGCAGGUCCAAGUUCUGAAGGAGGUGAACCAAUAUCUGACCAACUUGCGCCAGAUGGGGGCCCCAGAGAACGACUUGACUGAGUACCUCUUCGAAAAGCUCAGCCUGUCCUAAAGCUUCAUGUGGACUGAACUGGGAUGUCCCCACUGCCAUGGGGUCUUCCUCUGGUCAUUAGAACUGAUGUCCACGUUGCUUUUGAAGCAAGUUCACUGAUCUUCUGUUUCUG